GUUUUGAGUGGACCUCCACCCGGCACGGACAACCACAUCAGCGGCACAAGCCCACUCCCCUUUACCGGGCACUCCCGACGUUCACACGACAUUCGCCAUUCUUUUUGAUCCUACCCUGUCAAUACAUCUCGGCUGACUUCUGGGCAGCAUAAGCGCCAAUCAUUUGACCUGAGCCGCGUCUAUCCCCUCUCUUUCGUCAAAGUGAAGCUGCCAGCACUGUUGGCGCGCGUCAUGUCCCGCAACGGCUCGAGCGAUCAGUCGAAGCUGGGGCCCUUCUCACACCUGGUCGCGCAAGGUGCAUUGCCCACUUUCGACACGUUCUUAGACCUCUUCAGCAGCAGCAGCAGCAGCAGCGCUUCCUCCACAUUUCCCGAAACAUCCCACGCAUCUGCUUCCUCAUCUCAGAGCUCCAAAGCGACUCAGAGCGCGGGUCAAACGUGGUCUGCGAGCAAACCUCCAUUCAAAAACAUCCUCAUCCUCUCCGGAGCUGGCACCUCCACUUCUGCUGGCAUACCAGAUUUCAGAUCGCCAGGAACCGGAUUGUAUGACAAUUUGAAAAAGUACGAUUUGGCUUACCCCGAAGAGAUUUUUGGGCUCGAUCUGCUCAGAAGCAGACCUGAAGCCUUUUUCACCCUCUCGCGAGAACUGUACCCUGGGAAAUACGCACCAACCUUGUCUCACACUUUUUACAAGCUGCUGGCCGAUGCAGACGUGCUCCUUCGCAUCUUCACCCAGAACAUCGACACGCUCGAAAGGUUGGCAGGUCUAGAUGACGACAAGAUCGUGGAGGCUCAUGGCAGCUUUGCUAGCGCCAAAUGUAUCGAGUGCGAAAAGAGCGUGGAGGAGGAGUGGAUGAGGCAGCAUUGCUUGGAAGGAAAGGUGGCGAGGUGCGAGGCUUGCGGAGGCGUUUGCAAGCCAGACAUUGUCUUCUUUGGUGAAGCUUUACCUGAACGCUUCAUCGAUCGGCUCCAGGACUUGCAGAAAGCCGAUUGUCUUUUGAUUCUCGGUACCUCACUUAAAGUGCAUCCGUUCGCCUCGCUCAUUACCCGCGUGCCGCGACACAUUCCGAGAAUUCUCAUCAACCUCGAAAAGGUGGGCGAUGAUCAGUGGGGCGGAUUGGACUUUGACGGCGAUUAUGUUGAAGAGCCGGAAAGAGUCAGGGAUGUUUGGAGCGGGGAAAAGAAGAUCGACGAGGUGGUGAGGCAAAUUUGCAAGAGGCUCGGAUGGGAGGAUGAGCUCCUACGACGGAACGCGGAGACGCGGCGAAAGAUUCUGGGUGGCGAUGAAGUAUUUGCCGAGGAUGGAAAGGCCGCAUCGACGGACAAAGCCGCCGAGACGACAGGCGAAGCGACCACUGAUCUCUCUGCAGCAAAGGAGAGCGCGCAGCACAUCGCCAAAGAUGUGGCCGACCAGUCUGUCGCCGGGCGAGAGGCACCUACGGCGGGCGCACACUUGGCGAAGGAGAAGACAGGCGAAGGCUUGGGAGAUGAUCUUAGCCAGGGCAUCAAGCAGCUGGACAUUGAGAAGAGGGAGGCUGAAGAGAAAGACAGAAGAGCUGGACUCUGAAGCGAGCGUCGCUCAUCUUGAGGCGGCCACAGCCACGAAAUUUGGUGCAUCUGAAGGAAGGGCGGAGUGGCACCCUCUGCUCUGCAGCUGCCCUCGUGUCGCACACUCCCAUUCUGUGACUGUGUGCCGCAUAUGUGCAUUCAUGCCGCCCCCUCCCAUCUCCCGGCUCCUUUUGAAAGUUUCUUGCCGAUACUAGGCUUGAUCCAGAUGCAUUGCCUACUACCCACGUGUCGUGAGCUCUUGGUCUCGCGAUGCUCCUUCUCUUCUUUCACAAAGUUCAUCGCUUGCUGUAGAGAAUGCACGAAUUUCGGAGAUCUAUCGCUCACCUCG